UGCUGGCAUCUGCCGUACGGCGGAAAUGAUCCUUCCUGUCCAGUAUCUACUGCCGGGUGCCAGUUCAUCAAUCAAUCAUCAGCCGUCCACGAACCCGCGGGCGCAACUUCUCGGCACGUACGGCUCGGCCUUGCGCGAGCGCGCGGAGGAGUGGCGCCGCACGCAAGGUGUUUGACAGAUUGCCUCUUCCAGAUCAUCCCCACCGUGCCGCCUUAGACACAGUCACUGGCAUGCCCUUGUUGAAUGAAGCCCGGCGCCGCUUGGCGGCAACCGUUGCUUCCGCCUCUGGUAUGCUCUUGCUCUUCACAAGAAACGACGAGGAAACUGGCUCACCGGGAGUGAUCUUGCCUCCUGCGUCCGGCCACAGCCAGUGGAUCUUAUCCCAACCUGGGAUUUUGCUCCCAUUCGAUGACUUUUCAAAGCCUCAAACCCCACCGAACAACAUGCGCGCGGACGUUUUCUUCGCAAAGCCCGAAUCCUUCCAAUCCAAUCCCCAUCAGGGCAACUGUCUGCCGUGUUGCCUCAUUCGUGCGGUGCACCGCGUGGCGUCUAGCCUCCGCAUAUGCUUUCCUUUAUAAGCUUCAAAGAACUCUCCGUUUUUGCAGAUUCCUCGUUCGCCUGCUUGCCACACGCUCAUCACCUUCCUCGAUGGCUGAUGAAGCCAUCAGCGCAGCGUGCUCGUGCCUGGAGCCCCUGUUCGGAUGUCUGCUCCAGGCAGCGGGCCGGGAGGUGGCCGCGUUCCUUCGCAUCAAGUCGAAUUGGGGCGACCUCGAAAGGGCUCGGGACAGCCUGCGAGCCGUCGAGACGACGGUCAGGGCGGCAGUCGCCGCGGAGGAGGACAAGCUGAACGUCUGUGACCCUGAGGUGGAGGUGUGGUUCAAGCGCGUCGACGAGCUUCGCCCGGACACCAUCGAUGAGGAUUACAGCAGUUUGUUAGGGUUCUCUUGCCUCUGCCAGUGCACCGUGCACGCUCGUCGCCGCGCCUCGAUCGGCAAGCGUGUUGUGGAGGCGCUGGAGGAGGUGAAAGAACUGACCGAGCAAGGGAGGAAGUUCAGGACAUUUGGGCUCAAGCCACCGCCGAGGGCCGUCAGUCGGUUAUCCCAAACCGAGACCGUUGGGUUGGAGCCCAUGUUGGCUCGGCUCCAUGAUUUGCUUGAGAAGGGCGAGUCAAACAUAAUUGGUGUGUGGGGUCAAGGAGGCAUCGGCAAGACGACUCUCCUACACGCCUUCAACAAUGAUCUUGAAAAGAAAGAUCACAACUAUCAGGUUGUUAUCUUUAUUGAAGUAUCCAAUUCAGAGACCCUGAACACAGUGGAGAUGCAGCAGACUAUCUCUGAUAGGCUUAAUUUGCCAUGGAAUGAAUUAGAGACAGUUGAGAAACGGGCCAGAUUCCUGGCUAAGGCACUGGCCAGGAAAAGAUUUCUAUUGCUACUUGAUGACGUAAGGAAGAGAUUCCGACUGGAGGAUGUCGGUAUCCCAACUCCAGACACAAAGAGCCAAAGCAAGCUGAUCCUGACAUCACGUUUCCAAGAAGUAUGCUUCCAGAUGGGUGCACAGAGGAGUCGCAUUGAAAUGAAAGUUUUGGAUGAUGAUGCUGCCUGGAACCUGUUCUUGAGCAAGCUGAGCAAUGAGACUUUUGAAGCAGUUGAGUCACCGAAUUUCAACAAGGUUGUUCGGGACCAAGCCAGGAAAAUAUUCUUCAGUUGUGGAGGUCUGCCACUUGCACUCAAUGUCAUUGGGACUGCUGUGGCAGGGUUGCAAGGACCAAAAGAAUGGAUUUCAGCCGCUAAUGACAUCAAUGUGUUGAACAAUGAAGAUGUGGAUGAAAUGUUUUAUCGGCUGAAAUACAGCUAUGACAGGCUGAAACCCACUCAACAACAGUGCUUUUUGUACUGCACCCUUUUCCCAGAAUAUGGAUCUAUUAGUAAGGAACCACUUGUUAAUUAUUGGCUGGCUGAAGGUUUACUAAAUGAUCGUCAAAAGGGUGAUCAGAUAAUUCAGAGCCUUAUUUCAGCAAGCUUGUUGCAGACCAGUAGCUCAUUGUCAUCAAAGGUAAAAAUGCACCAUGUAAUCAGGCAUAUGGGGAUUUGGUUGGUUAACAAGACAGGUCAAAAGUUUCUCGUUCAAGCAGGGAUGGCUUUGGAUAGUGCUCCACCAGCAGAAGAGUGGAAGGAAGCUACAAGGAUCUCCAUCAUGUCUAAUGAUAUCAAAGAGCUUCUUUUCUCACCGGAAUGUGAAAUCCUCACUACAUUAUUGAUCCAGAAUAACCCAAAUUUGAACAAGCUGAGUUCAGGUUUUUUCAAGUUUAUGCCGUCCUUGAAAGUGCUGGAUCUUUCUCACACUGCAAUAACAUCACUUCCAGAAUGCGAGACAUUGGUUGCAUUACAGCAUCUCAACUUGUCACACACACGUAUUAGGAUAUUACCUGAGCGGCUGUGGUUAUUGAAAGAGUUGAGGCAUCUGGAUCUCAGUGUGACUGCUGAACUCGAAGAUACCUUGAAUAACUGCUCAAAGUUGCUCAAGUUGAGGGUGCUUAAUCUCUUUCGCAGUCACUAUGGUAUUAGUGAUGUCAACGACCUGAAUCUGGAUUCCCUGAACGCACUAAUUUUCCUUGGAAUCACUAUUUAUGCAGAGGACGUGUUAAAGAAACUGAACAAGACUAGUCCUUUGGCAAAGUCAACAUAUCGUCUGAAUCUCAAGUACUGUAGAAAAAUGCAUUCGCUCAAAAUCUCUGAUCUCAACCACUUGGUGCACCUCGAGGAGCUGUAUGUCGAGUCGUGCUAUAAUCUAAGCACGCUGGUUGCUGAUGCUGAUGCUGAGCUGACAACUUCAGGCCUGGAGGUCCUGACCCUCUCAGUUCUUCCUGUGCUGGAGAACGUCAUUGUUGCACCAAUGCCCCACCAUUUUCGGCGCAUCCGCAAAUUAGCCAUUUCGAGUUGCCCGAAGCUGAAGAACAUCACAUGGGUCCUCAAACUCGAAAUGCUCGAGAGGCUUGUCAUAACCAGUUGUGAUGGGUUGCUGAAGGUUGUUGAAGAAGAUAGCGGUGAUGAGGCAGAGACAAAAACAGAAGGACAGGGAGGUAAGUGGAUUGGUGAUGGUCAAAGUGCGUGCAAUAGCGGUGACAACGCGCAUGCAGAGUUCCUGAACCUGCGAUCAAUCGAGCUGACUGAUGUCAAGAUGCUGAGAAGUAUCUGCAAGCCAAGAAAUUUUCCCAGCCUUGAGACCAUCCGGGUGGAGGAUUGCCCGAAUCUGAGAAGCAUCCCACUGAGCAGCAUCUACAAUUUUGGGAAACUGAAACAGGUGUGCUGUUCAGUUGAAUGGUGGGAGAAACUGGAGUGGGAGGACAAGGAGGGCAAAGAGAGCAAGUUCUUCAUUCCAAUCUGACAGCAACCCUGUUCUCCAGCGGUUGCUGCGUCAUCAGCACAAUACUGGCACGAAUAACCCAAUCGCAAUAAUCUGUAUAUGCGAUGAGUUGUUUGUACAUGUAGGCAAUCUGUAUGAGUGUAUAUAUUGCUGGGGUUCACAAAUCUGUACAUGUUUUAUUUGAUUGAUUGAUUGAUUCAUUCAUUGUUGUAAAUGCUAUAAAUAAAACUCCAUUUAUUAA